GCCUUCUGGACGUCCACCAUCUGCCUUCGCACCUCCGCCAAGAUGACCUCAGUCUCCGACAUCGAUAUGACGCCGAAAGGCCUCGUGAACGACGAUGGAAACUAUGUUCUUCAGCACGAAGAUAUUGCCAACCUUCUGAAGUAUGUUUGGUCGGGAGUCCUUCUGCCGGUUACCGUGUCCGCCUACCAGGACCGCCUCAAUCUCUCGACCGACACUGUGGACAAGCUUUCCGAUGUCAUUGACCCACUCCUCGCGGCUUAUGCUACUGCGCAGAAGAACUGCCUGAAAUUCAGGGACGAGACGUAUCCCAGCAUUGUCGACCUUUCCAACGACGUUUUCGCCUAUGCUCAGACUGCGGGCGGAACCAUCGACGACUCUUACUACGCUGCCAUUCUCAACUGGAUCAGAGAAUUGAAUGAAACCACGGACCCGGGGACGCAGAAGGAGCUCAGACAGAGUAUAGAUGCUAUCAUCGACCAACAGACGGGCGAGAUCGAGCGCAUGCAAGCCAGAGCGAAGGGGACGGUCGCUGACCUCAAGACUUUUGAGUCUCUGACGCAGACGGACCAGAAUGCGCUGAGCUCCCGUAGCAACGCUCUGAACGACAAAAUCAUCGCCGAGCUCGGCAGCAUCAAGGAACUCGACGCAGAAAUGGAGAAGUACCGGAAGCAGAUGAGGUCCGACAUGGACGAAUGCGAGCACGACAGGGUCAUUGCUCAGACUUCCGCGGCGUAUGUCUGGCUCUUCCCCUUCGGAACGAUCGCCGCCGCCGCCAUUGCUGUAAUCUUCACGAAUAAGGCCAAUGACAUGGAGCGCAGCAUCAGACAGGUCAAGGAUCUCAUCGCGAAGGACCAGCAGAAGAAGCAUGACGAGACGAACCUGUCCCUGGACCUUAAAGCCAUCGGGAACGACCUGAAGAGCGUUCGGGACAAAAUCCAGCCCUGCAUCAAAGUCCUAGAGACGAUGGAGGGGGUCUGGUCUGCCAUUGCCGGAGACCUCAGCACGAUCAAGGAGCUGCUCGCAAGGGACUUCAGGUCUGCGGGCGAAGCAAUGGCGAAGUUGGAGGCGAAGAAACUGGUGAAUGAUUGGAACGAGCUCAAGGUGUCCAUCGACAAAUAUCGCCAAGUCGCGUACGUGGCCGACGUUUCCACUGUCACCAUGGACGAGUACGUGGUACAGCUGCACGAGGCGAGCAAGUAGUCUACGUUCCGGUGGAUAUCGUCGUUGCCCUCGGGCUCGUCCC